AUCUGCAAAUACCAUUGUCACAUCUUACAAGGUUCAAGAUCUCAAAAUUUUACAUCUUAGAACGUCUCACAACCUCUCCGCUGCAAUGCAUCUCUUCACUCUGGGGUUUCUAGCGAUUAUCUUUCCAAGAAUGAUGUUUGGGCUCGUACAAGAAGCAAAAUCAUGGGAAGAGUUUGAAGCAUUGAUGAAGAAAGACCGCGGCUCAUUCGUACUCAACCUCUGUACAGCUAAGAAUGUUGAAGCCAAUAAGGAAGCUCUAGAUAGUUUCUGUGUGGUGUACACACAAUUCAAGUGCUAUUAUGGGGUGGAGAGUGUGAUACCUGAACCAGAUACUUCGUUCGACAAACACUUUAAAAACGAACGCUGUGCUUCACUUGCAUUCUUUAAGGAUGGUAAACAGGUAUGUUGA